GAUGGUAAAGACGUGGUUAGAUAUUUCCCCCGAGAUAUAAAACCAUCAUAGCUCGGACACUUUCCUCGUACUAGGCUGAACACACAGAAAAUCAAGUUAGAAGUGAAAACAAGUGGUAAAAGUGUUAAACGUGAAAAGAGUGAAAAAUGUAUUUGAAAUCAUUAUAAAGUGAUAGAUUUACAUUGAACUUCACGGUAAUACAAAGCUAUUUUAAUUGUUUGUUGAGAUCCAGUGAUGAUUCACAUGCAUAACAAGUAACUUUAUAAAUAUAGGUUUAGAGAUUAGAAAUGGUAAAAUUCAAGAACCUGCUUGAGAGAUUAAAUCUCCGAGCUGUGGCUAAGAAAUCCACCAUAGACAGUCGACACUCUUCAGUAGGAAGAAGACCAACAGAUGCUUGGAGCACCUUGGAGAGACUUAUCAAGCGUGGACUACCUGAGGAUGUAGUUGCCUGGAGACAAGAUCCAGAAGUACAGAAGAGUAUUCUUCAGCUUCCAGGAGUUGAUAUAGAUAGAGGAGCAGGAGGAGGAGGAGGUGGUGGAGAAGGAGGAUCAGAAAGCGAAGAAGGAGAGAAUGAAACAGAUGGAACAAAGGAGAAAGUGGACGAAGGAAAAGAAGAAAUAAAACGAUUAGGAUCUGAUGGAGGAUUUGUAAACCUAUCCUGUAAUCUAUUUCAAGAACAAAUGAAUAUUCCAAGAUAUCUUCACAGAUCUAGUGAUUUCUCUGAUAUGAUUUGUGUGACCCCCCUGCAGCUUGCUGUAAUAGAGAGUAAAGUAGAUGUCGUCCUUGCUCUACUCCUUGGAUUAACUGAGGAUCAGCUCUACCGAGCAGUUACAACUCAAGCAUCUAUUAUCCGCAAGGAUGAGAAUUCAACUCCAGCUCCUGUUGGUAAGAAAUCCUUUGCGGAAACCAGGAAAUUUUUCUCUGUGUCAACUAUCUCCGGGUCCAGGGUUGAGAUGGAACCAAGGUCGGAGCAGCAGCUGGACUGGAAGGAUACGAAGGAGUGGACAACCCUACAUCUAGCUGUUAUGUACGACAUCGAGUGUUUAAAGGUUCUUCUCUACUUACUGGAGAAGGAAGGGUCACCAGCAAGAGUUGAAGAAGUUUUAGACGCCAGGAACUCAAAGGGAAGGACUGUUUUACAUCUAGCAGCUAGAUCUCCCAUAUCAUCUACCAGUACCAGACUUCUUCUAGAUCUAGGGGUUCAGGUUGAUUGUACAGAUGAGUACGGUUUAACUCCUCUACAUAUGGCAGUAAAGUUUGGAGUUUUGGAUACUGUUCGAAUAUUACUUCAGCAGGGAGGAGACAAGAGCAAUGGAGGGUUGGAUAUAAACGGAAGGAGUCUUCUUCAUCAUUCAUCAUCAGUAGAGAUAACUAGAUAUUUACUCAGGCGAGGAUUCUCUCCAGAUCUAAGCACAUUAAAAUAUCAGACUAGGAAGGGAGGAAUUGACAAUGUAAGAUUGUUUCUGGACGACACUUUUAUCCGGAGAGACAACCUUCUCAUUCUAGACUUCUCCUUGGCCAUGGAACAGGAUAGGGAUGGAGAUCUUGGAACUGAUGGAGAAUCAGUUUUUCUCCGGAACUUUCUCUCUCAUAGAAAACUGCUGAGAGCUCCCCUUGCAGAAUCUUUACUCUGGAUGAAGUGGUUCGCCAGUAAAAGGGCAAUUUUACUGGAUCUAUUUUUCUACUUCAUCUUCAUCAGCUGUCUUACAGGUGUGAUCUGUUCCAGUACUCAUAGAGGAGGUGGAGUAGAAAGAAAACUAUCCAAACCUGAAUCUGCAAUAGUAGACCUAGUCCUGGCUAAUUACAGAGGAGAAUUAAAGAGAAGAGGAUGGAGGUUUCUACCCAGGAGCAGACCAAAUGUAGAUACAAUGAUAAACAUAUCCGAUAAUAUAUCACAUCCCCUGGGGUCUUCACUGUUCAAUUCUGCAACUUUGUCCUCCCUCUCACCCCUGGCCUCGCCUGCGUCCUCAACCGUGUCCCCGUCCGCUCCUCGUUCUGCAGAAAAGCUUCUGAUCACAGCUGGGAAAUCAGUCACAUUCCUCGGGUUCUACUCCUUCACUGUCAUACUCUCCGCAGUCUUCCUUCUGAGGGAUAUCAUCAUUAAUAUCAAUAUUAACAUCGAACCACCGGACUGA